AUGUCUCGAUCACUUCACGCUCAUCACGAAGCUUACUCCUCAAAGCACGUACACUACACGCCAGAACAGCAAUCACAACAGCCGCACUUGUAUCGUCAACAGCAACAACGCAGGCUGCCUCCCGUGACCACCAUAAUACCCACUGGUCCUAGUCCUGUUUCCUCUUCCUGCGAUUCAGCUUAUCGAGGCCAUGGCCGGACUUACUACUCAGACUACCCAACCCCUUCACCAGUGGGACAAACACCUCCUCAAUUCCCAGUUACAUAUAACGAGGCUCGUUCUCAUCAUGGAAGACAACCAGAUGGCCGUCUCUCUCCGGCCUAUUCCACUGCUGCCAGUGACAGGUCAACCGUGGAGUCCACCUACGAGUCUCGUUCAAGGCAAAUGAGCAACUAUCAUCAGGCGCACAUUGAACCAUCUUGGCCACCCUUCCACCAGCAACCCUCACGACUAAGGCAGGAGUCAUUCAGCCAUUCCACCAUGACACGGAAAGCAUCUGCACCCGAAAAAAACCACAACACCAGCAAUAACAACAGCAACAGCUCCCCACCACCCGAGGGAUCACAAACCCCAUCAAGCUCCCAGCAAGGCGGUUCUCCAAGGCAGGAAUCCCGGCCCAUGAGUAUAUCCAACCUCAUAAGCACCGACAACACCCGAAACACCGGGAACCCGGUCCCGCCACCGCCCAACUCAGGCAAAAAGACCGACUACCGAAUCUCGGUCCGCCAACAGCCCUUCGCCGCCCGCAGCUGCGGCUUCGGCGAGCGCGACCGGCGCGUCAUCGACCCACCACCCAUCGUGCAACUAACCAUCCACAACGACACGCUCUCGCGCGAAGAGCACUCCCGCUUGCUGCGACACCAGUUCAGCGUCAUCCACUGCAGCAUCUGGGACGAGACAGGCAUCAAGGACAUGAGCAGCAUGCCUGAGGACUUCCGGCAGCAGCGCCGGCUGAUGGGCACUCUGGUAGCCUCGCCCUUUGUCGGGCAAGACGAGAACGGCGAGGAAGGGUGUUUCUUUUGCUUCCCCGAUCUAAGCUGUCGCACGCCCGGCAUUUUCAGACUCAAGUUUGCGCUGGUGGUGCUGGACCCUGCACGCAUGAUGGCGGGCGAUCGAUCGAGCAUCGUGGCCACGGCCAUGAGCGAGCCGUUCCAGGUGUAUAAUGCGAAGGAUUUCCCGGGCAUGAAGGCCAGUACGCCGUUGACGAAACGGCUCAAGGAGCAGGGGUGUUUGAUCAGUAUCAAGAAGGGGAAUGAGAAGGGCGGAAAUAAUGGGGGAAGUAAAGGUGAAAGGGAGGAGGAGAGCGGGGAUGAUGAUGGAGAUGAAAGCUCGGAAGAAAGGGGAGGAGGGGGGAAGAAGGGGAGGAACAACAACAACAACAACAACAACAACAACAACAACAAAAGGCAGAAGAGGGGUCUUCGUGAACAACUGCUGAACGUUUUGCGCCUCUGGUUCGAGUUUUGGUUUUUGGUUUUCGGUUUUCGGGUUCUUUUCCCGGUUCGGUUCUUCACAUACACAUGUUACGGCUCAUGA